AUGGACCGACGACCCGACUUCUUGGUCACCCUUGGUCUGAUGCUGCCUUGUUCGCCAGAAGACGUUCAGCAGGCCUAUCGCGACAAGGUUCGCACAGCGCAUCCCGAUCAUGGCGGCGAUGUAGCCGAGUUCCGUGCAAUUCAGGAAGCCUAUGAAAAGGCUCUUGAGUACUCUGCCUUCCUGGCCAGCCGCACCCGUUGGCUUGGUUCUUCAGUUGAGCGGUACAUCGAGCAGCAGGUGUUCACCACUCGGGUCCGGGAAUUGGGCGGCGAUGUCUUUGUGGAAGAACUCAUGUGGCUACGGGAAGAAAUCGGCGAGGAUUUUGCCCAAAUCAAUGAGGUAAUCGUGGGCCUUAACCUGCGCGGCGCGCGUGUAGGGGAUGCUGAGCUAGUCGAACUUCUUGCCGAAGAUGCCGUGCUUAGCGGACUGCAAUCGCUCGACCUCACCGAUAGUCGCGUGACCGAUGACGGCAUCGAGGCCCUGGGAGCCACGCCGAGCCUGCAAUACCUCACCCUGAGCAACACCGGGAUUACCGCCCACGGACUGCAGGUUGUGGACUCCCUGCCAAACCUGGUCCGCCUCGAAAUUGCCAAAACCUCGGUGGGAGCGUUCGCGGCAUGGCGAAUCGGCCGCAAACGGCCCGACUUGGAGGUUGUCGUCUUGGUACACCGAUGGGCAUUCCCGCCUAGCUCCGCCAUCGGCGCUCCACAACAUCAGCACACAGCAAGGAAUAAAUACCCCAUGAAAGGUCUCUCGAUGGCUCAAGCUACAUCUCGAUGUCGAAUCAUGACUGCAGGACUACUCGCCGCGGUCAUGCUAAUCGCUUGUGGUCAACGUUCAGUUGCCGCCGAAGUCACCGUCGAGCCCAGCGAUGCGGGCCAGGCAGUCAAGGUCGACGGCGAGUUGUUCACCGAGUAUGUCACUGAGAGCAAAGCCAAGCCCAUUCUGUGGCCCAUCAUUGGCCCCACGGGCAAGGCCAUGACCAGAUCGUUUCCCAUGGAAAAGGUUAAGGGCGAACGUUGGGAUCACGGCCAUCACCGAUCGCUUUGGUUUACCCAUGGCGACGUGAACGGUGUGGAUUUUUGGGCUGAAGGUAGCGGCCGCGGAAAGAUCGUUCAUCGCGAGUUUGUCCGAGCUGAGAGUGGCUCGCCGGCCGUGAUUGAAACAUUGAACGAUUGGGUCGAUGCCGACGGCAAGAAAGUGCUGGAAGAUCGCCGCUUGAUAAAGUUUCAGGCCAACGAAGAUUCCCGCAUCAUCGACUUCGAUAUCACGCUCACUGCUAGCGAAGGACCAGUGGUGUUCGGCGACACGAAGGAAGGCACGAUGGGGAUUCGCAUUCCUAGCACGAUGGACGUCGAGCAACGUGGCGGCAAACCCAACGGUCGAAUUAUCAACUCCGAAGGGCAAACUAAUCUCUCAGCUUGGGGAAAACCCGCUCCUUGGGUCGACUAUUACGGGCCCGUAGAGGACGAGGAGUUGGGCAUUGCCGUGAUGAACCACCCCAGUAGUUUCCGCUAUCCCACCACCUGGCACGUACGCACGUAUGGCCUGUUUGCGGCGAACCCUUUCGGCCUGCACGAUUUUCAGCACACCGAGGAGCCGAUCGGUGAGUUCACCUUACCCGAGGGCGAAUCGAUCACGCUGCGAUAUCGAUUCCUGUUCCACAAGGGUGACGAGAAGGUCGGUAAAGUAGCGGAAGAGUUCGAAAAGUAUUCCAAAGAGGAAUAA